AUGAUUGGAGCCCUGGGUGUGUCAAAGCCUGUACUAGAAAAUGUCAUCUUCUGUCAUCAGGAGGACUCUUGCUGGCCACUGAGUGAAGGAAAGGCUCUCAAAGAUAAGUUUGACGCUAUCUUUGCCUCCACCCGGUACACCAAAGUUUUGGAAGAAUUGAAGAAGUUAAAACAAAGCCAGGAUGGGACCAUCAGAGAAGGCAAGAAGGAGUUGGAAUACUUGAAGCAGCUCAAACAGAAAGCCGAAGAGCUUAAAGCUGACCUUGAGACACACGAGACUGAGUUAGCAGCAUCCCUCGACAAGGUCAACAAGAUCAACCAGCAGCUAGAGCCAAUCAAAGAGAAGCUGAAAGACAUUGAUGAUCGCUACAAUGAAAUCUACCAGCUCCAAACUAAACAGCGGACAACAACUCAGCUGAAGCAGACUAUCAGAGAGUUCUCUUCCAAAGUUAAUGAAAAGAAAGAUGAACUUAGAAAAUAUGAGGAACAGCAGCAGAAUUUGUCCACCGAGCUGGAGAACAUUGCCAAGGAGGAGAGUACCCUUCUGCUAGAAGUGGGCAAGCUGGAGAAUGAAGCAGAGAUUCACGAAGAGAAUAUCAAGAAGCGCAACUUGAAGAUCAUAGAACUAGCUCAGCUGUAUGAAUUUGAAGGGUUUGAUGUGAGCACUUCCAUAGACGACAACCUGUACCGCACAUUCUUUCAGAGGAUGAAGGGGAAACUGGAGUCUAUGAUGGAGGAUGCUAGGAGGAGAAAGGCAGAGUUUGAAGAGUCCGAGAAGCAGUUGCAAACAAAAAUUGAUGCACUGAAGGAAAACAAGAUGAGACUGGAACAGAGUGAGAGAAUCAAGAAGGAAACAAUGGUCAAAAAUGGCGAACAAAUCAAAGAGCUGACUCAGAAAUUGAAUCGGAUGAUGACGUCUGCUGACAAAAUAACUGGCUUGACCACACAGCUUAGGCGAGCGGAAGAUGAAUUGAGCAAGGCUGAGACUUCUCUCAAUGUAGACGAGGUUAAAACAGAAAUAGCAUCUCUGGAUCGCCAGAAGAGACAACUGGAGGCUGCAAUAAGCGACCUUGAUGAUGACAUGCAUCGACUUCACAAACAGUCCAAGGUACAGACAGAACUGGAUAUGUUGAUUGACAGCCAGAAGGAGAAGGAAGCCAGCAUAUCCCGACUAAAGGCUCAGCAUGAGGAAAACAUUACUACCCUGCUGGGACAUUUUCCCGUGGACACUCUCCGAGAGAACAUCAGUGACUACAUCAGUACCCAGACUGAAAGUGUAAGGAGAUACACGGCUGAGUUAACUGAGCUCAGAAACCAGUUGUCAGCCAAGCAGGCAGAGAAAAACUCUGUUAACAACCAGCUGGCGCAGAAAGAUGAGGAAGUGAGAAAGCUUGAAGCUCGAAUUUCCAACAUUUGUGACAGUCAGGACUUGGAUGAUGAGAUAACCGAGGUGCAGAAGAGCUUGACACAGGCUCAGGAAGAGAAGGGUUCACUCCUUGGAGCUGAUCACAUGAUUAAGAAAUACAUUAAGAACCUGGAGAAGAACAACCCAGCCUGUCCUCUUUGCCAGAGAGGAUUCCAACAGGCUCAGGAAGUCAGGGAACUAAUCCUCAAACUUCAGGAGCAGUUGCGUAAAGUGCCCACCAACAUGAGGAAAGCCGAGGAGGAUGUGGAGAAAUAUCGGAAGAAGUACGAUGAUGUCAUGCAGCUGCGUCCUGUUAGGGAAAGUCUGAUGAUACUUCGGGAGAAGGAUGUACCGAGUCUAAAAAGCAGGCUAAAGAAACUGGAUGAUGACAUCAAGCGACUGAAAGAGGAGGUUCAGAAUAAAGAAGAUGAAUUGAGUUUUCAAGAAAAUGAUCUUCUAACUGCCAAGAACCUCCAGCCUGAUGUUGUUUACAUGGAUCGUUGCCGAGGUGAGGUCCGAGAGUUGGACAGAAAAAUUGAGGCACAGAGAGUCUUGCUGUCUGCAGGUGGCUUGUCUCAGUCGAUGGAUGCAGUGAUUGCUGCCAAGGAAAAGAGUCAACUCGAGCUUGGGUCCGUCACUCGCAGCCUUGACCGCCUCAGGGAUGGACUCGAAAAAUAUCAGGAGCAGACACGCAAGCUGGCUUCUAGAGUUCAUGACCUUCGAACUGAAAAGUUGGAGAUUGAAGGAGAGCUGCAGCAGAAGACCAAGUUAGAGGAAAGGAAAGCAGCUCUGACCAGCGAAAACAACAAUCUUCAGAGGGACAUUGAUGAGGCCAUCGUGCAAAUGAAGCCUCUCGAGGAGAAAAUCCAGAAGCUGGUUGAAGAGAAGUCAGUGCUGUUAAAGAAGAUGGAGAAGAUGAUGGAGUCUGCCAGGAAUGAGGUUGAAGAGGUUAAGAAGAAAGGAAAUUUGGUGAGUGAUUGGAAUACCAUAAUAAAAAAAUAUCAGCAGUCAGAGAAGUCGGAAAUGUUGAAGAGAAAACGUGAGAAACGGUCUCAGCUAACUUCUUCCCGGACCAGAAAGGAAGAGGAGCAAGAAGAAGUUGCCGGCAUCGUUAAACGACUGAGUAAUGAAACUGUUGGUCAGCAGAUUCGGGAAAGAGAACUUCAAGAUAUCCUGCAGCUCCGUAAUCAGCAAGAUCAGGUGAAAGACUUGGAGUUGAAGAUUGACACACUACAGGAGCAGCUGGGUCCGCUGGAUGCAAAAAGUUUGAAUCGUCAACGGCAGAAGUUGGUUGAGCAAGAAGCUGACUUGACAAAAGAGUUGCAUAAUGCCACAGGCAGACAGCAAGGCUUCCGGGAGCAGAUUAGAGCAGAUAAGCGGAAUCUGGAGUCUGACAUGUAUAAAGACUCGGACAAGAAAUAUGCAGCCAAGGUCAUUGAGAACAAAACUACAGAAAUUGUAAAUGAGGAUUUGCAGAGAUACUACUCCGCCAUGGACAGGGCAAUUAUGAUGUAUCACAAGUCCAAGAUGGAGGAGAUCAACAUCAUUAUUCGGGAGCUGUGGAAGAACACCUACACGGGCAACGACAUCGAAACUAUCGAGAUCCAGUCAGAGGCUGAUGAGGAGGCUUUGACUGCUGCAACUAUCAAAACCAGACGUACUUAUAACUACAGGGUGGUGAUGAUCAAGAAUGGGAUCCCUGUUGACAUGAGAGGCCGGUGCAGUGCCGGGCAGAAGGUAUUGGCCUCAUUGAUAAUUCGUUUGGCCCUGGCAGAAACUUUCUGUGUCAACUGUGGAGUUCUCGCUCUUGACGAACCGACAACAAACCUAGAUAGAAAGAAUAUUGAAAGUCUUGCCUUUGCUCUAGUCCA